GGGGUUGUCGGCCGACGAACGAAGACCGAAAAGCUGUCCUGAGAAAUGAGCUGAAGUGACUUCCGCUCCUCCCCAGACUGACUCCGCCCCCCGUGACGUCACAGCCCCUUCCUGGAUCCUACCGCCGCGGCCGUUCACAGUCUCCUGGUCUAAGGGCGGCUGGCUUUUAUUCCACACGGCCGUUCCCCUCCGCGCGGGACGUGGCUCUCCGCACUGCAGAACGCGAGGAAGUGAAAUGUGCUUCGACGACCUGUGACAAGUUACGACGUUAAUUAUCACGUCGUUCGCAUUUUUUUCAGUCGCGUUGGUUUUGUUUUGUCUUUUUUCCCGCCAAAAAAAAAAAAAAAAUCGUCUGCGUGUGAUUCUUUGCCGUUUUAUAUACAAAGUGGAAUUUAAGAACAUAUAGUUUUGUAUCCAUAUACACGUGAAAGGAAAAUCGGCCUUCUCUCACCUUGUGUUGUGUUUCUCAAUGUUUUGUGAGUGUUGUGCGAAUAAGCGUGUUUGUGUUCGAAUCCCCAGACGUCAACAGUCGGGACUCCAUAGAAAAGAAAACAGAAAAGUCAUCGUGAAAGGAGAGAAAAAAUGAUAAAAUCCCGCGCUAAGUAGGAGGAUAAAUACUGUGACGUCAUUGAGGAAAACUGUGUGUGACGUAGCGGAAAAGGGAUAUUACGUCACGAAAGUUAGCAUAACAAAAGUGAUAUUCGAUUCCGUGCGAGACAACGAGUGCUUCGUGAAACUUGGAUUGUGAUUUGAGCCAAACGAAUCUUCUGAGUUUGAACAAGGGACUCACACACUGCGCUGGAAUGAAGAAGUUCGCAGAUAAGUCAGGCUGGCUGAGGGUUGUGGUGUGUUGCCUCACGCUCGUCGUCCACCACGGGCUGCGCGACGCCCUUAUCCCAGCGCUGCCCACGAUCGCCGCUCCUGAGGCCGUCGGGGCGCCCACGACAGAGGCGUCCACCCCGUUGGCGUCCUCCUCGAGCGCCGCGACAGAUGUCACCAGCUCGACCGCCGACGUCACCACGGAUGUCCCUGGCAGUUCGUUCUCCACGACUUUCUCCUCCUCUCCCUCUCCGUCCGACUCGUCGAUGGCGGAAUCCGUGACCGACGGACUUUCCCCCGACGUGACCGCAUCGCCGGCGGUUUCAUCCUCCCCUGCGGUGCCGUCGAAGCCUAGCGAAUCUCCUGCUGUUUCGAGUCGGUCUGAAGUGAAUUCCGUUCGCGCCGAGCCUUCUGCCAAGGGAGGCGUGGGUCCUUCUGCUUCCCCUGAUCCGAGGCCCUUUGAGUCCAAUGCGGUCCUCGGGGGUCCCUCCGGGUCUCCCUUACCACCCGGGGAUCCCUCUGAAUCCCCCUCGGCGACCGUGAGUCCUCCGGGUUCCCCUGCAGCGGAUCCCGUGUUGUUCCCGACCACGGCCACCCCUGCGGAUCGCUUUCGAGCGGAUGCCGACCCUGCGGCGCCCAGGACCCCUGACCCCACACGGCGUCCCAACAGAAUUGUCAGAUCCUUAAUUUCCUCUCAGGCCAUAUCCCCAAGUCGCCGCCCGCCCACGCAAACCCCGCCCGCAGACAGACUUGUCUCGGACUCGACGGCUGCUCCGGAUCCUCCCGCAGACGCCGCGUCUCCCGUGCUGAUCCUGGAGUCAGCCGUGCGGAAGGCCUCUCCCGCCGGCACCGCGGCCGCCUUCUCCCUCCUCCCGAGCGACGGCGUGUUCGCUGCCGGCGACGACCUCGCAGGGAGGAUAAGGAGCGUGUUCCGGCAGACGCUGGUGCGCGGGGUGCUCGCGGACGGCAAGCAGCUGCAGGACGCCCUGUCGGAGGAGCUCAAGCGGAACUCGUCCUCCGCGCCCUCGCGAGAGACCCCGCUCAGCGUGCUCAUCAAUCGAAUCGACUUCUCGGGCGUGUGGCUGCGGCUCUCCGGCGAGCAAGGGCGCGAUCGGGCGGGUGAAAGGAAUCCGGCCAUAAAAAACGUGGGCCUACAGGAAAGGUUCCUCCAGGACGGCAACAGCUGGCUACACGAGCUUCAGAAAUGGGAGUGGUCCUUCGGAGACUUGCCGCGGGAGGCUAGCUACUACGGACCCGAAAUGAAGGAAGUGGAGGACUUCAGCAUUCCAGUUGCAUUUCCGGUUGCAAGGAUCUUGUAUUAG